AUGCUCGGCAGCUUGACCCUAUCCAGCAAUUCAGCCGGCAGCGCCACGAGCCUCACCAGUACCAGCGUGGAGAGCAGUGCCACGCUCGGCGCCACCAGUGCCAGCGGGACGAGCAUUGCCACCCUGAGUGCCACGAGCACCAGCAAGUCGAGCAGAACUGCACCGAGUAGCACAACUGAUGUCAGCACGGCCACACUUGUCACCGUAACAGAGACCAGCAGAAGCACUGCGAGCGGUACCACGAUUACGAGCAGCACGUCGCAGACCAGAGGAUUUGAAGGUAGUGCGACCCUUGCCAGCAGCAGCAGCGUGGUCUUCGCAAGCUUCAGCUCCAGCAGUACCACCACAAUCACCACGCCUGCCAUUACGUCUGCUACUUUCAGCAGCGGCCGUGGGACCAGUAGCGCGGACAUUACCAGCGCCUUGGGCAGCAGCACCACGACCCUCACCUCGGCCGUCGAGAUGAGUGGUACCGCGCCCGCGAGCGGCACGACCGCCUCCACGACGGGCGCGGGCGCGCCCGGCGCGCUGCUCACGGGAUCGCUCCAGAUGGGCUUCCCCGCAGGGGCCGAAGUCUGCGCCCCGAGCACGGAGGACGCGCUGAAGUCCUCCAUCGCCGGCGCGCUGACCAGCGUGAGCGGCCUCCUCGUGGCCCCCGGCCAGGUCUCCGACCUCGCCGUCGGCGGCUGUGGCGCCCCGCGGCGCCUCGCGGCCCCGAGGCGCCUGGCGUCGGCCGCGGUCGCGUACGCCGUGCGCGUGGCCGACCUCCCCGCCGCAGAGGCGCUGGCGGGGGCCGUCGGGUCCGCGCCGGCCGCCUUCGCGGGGGCCGUGGCCCAGCACAUGGCGUCCGCCGGCGUUCCCGUCUCGGGCGUGGUC